AAACAUGUAACACGUUGCAGUUAACGGAAAUGAGUGAAGUGUAGUAUUUACUGUUGAUGCUUUCUUGCGAGAACAAUCAGUGGUCAUGCAAAAAAGGGAAAUACUGUAAAAAGAUCUGUGAAGAUAAUGCAUCGGUUGGUGAAGAUGGAUCAGAAGCGACCCCAUCCAAAUGGGGGUAAAGCGGGACCACCCAAAAAGAUAAGAGGAGAUGAAGAUGACGAUAUGGACUUCGAUGAUGAAUUCCCUGAUGACUAUGACAUGGAACAGUUUGAUGAACAAGAUUUCACAGAUGCACCGGGAGUGAAAGUUGUUGACGAUGAGAAAGCAGACAGCUCUUGGGGUCGCCCUCCACUUCCCUCAAUUAACCCUGCGACGGAGAAUCUGGUUUUCCAACAGAUUGAUAUUGAUCAUUAUAUUGGACCACCUUGUGAGGGAAUGCCAGGGCAGCAGGCAGGUAGAGUGCCCAUCAUGAGGAUGUUUGGUGUCAAUGACAAUGGGAACUCCAUCUGCUGUCAUGUGCAUGGCUUCUCUCCCUACUUGUAUGUCACCUGCCCACCCAUCUUCAAGGAGUCGCACCUGGGAGCAUUUAAAGAUGCCCUCAACCGAGUGAUGAUCGCCGACAUGAAAUCAAACAAGGAAAACAUCACUGAUGCUGUCCUUACAGUCGACCUGACCAAAAAGGAGAGCAUCUAUGGUUUCCAUGGCAACAAGAAAGUAAACUUCCUGAAGAUCACUUUAGCCUUGCCCAGACUUAUAGCUGCAGCAAAGAGACUCCUUGGCGAGGGGAAGGUUUUCGUGUCGGACAUCGGAACUCCAGCUUAUGAAGCCUAUGAGUCCAAUAUCGAUUUUGAAAUCAGGUUCAUGGUUGACACACAUGUAGUAGGUUGCAGUUGGAUAGAGCUGCCAGCAGGCUCUUGGUCAAUAAGGAAGGACAGGCUGGACACUCGCUGCCAACUAGAGGUGGAUGUGGCCUGGAACAAAUUUAUAUCUCACGCUCCUGAGGGUGAAUGGGCCAGGGUGGCACCUUUUAGAAUCCUCUCAUUUGACAUAGAAUGUGCAGGACGUAAAGUCUAUGAGAAAAAUGGGAAGUACCAUUGUGUGUUCCCAGAGCCGGACAAGGACCCCGUGAUUCAGAUCGGCAACAUGGUGAUAAGACAGGGAGAAGCUGAGCCGUUUAUAAAGACUAUAUUUACUCUGAAGCUAUGUGCUCCUAUUGUGGGCUCGAAAGUCAAGUCUUACAACGUAGAGAAGGAAAUGCUAGAUGAAUGGGCAAAAUUUGUAAGGACUGUUGAUCCAGACAUCAUGACAGGCUACAACAUCAACAAUUUUGACAUGCCUUAUCUGCUCAAUCGGGCAAAUCACCUGAAAUCUGAGAAGUUCUCCUUCCUCGGCAGAAUCAAAAGCAUCAGGUCUGUGAUCAAAGAGUCAGUGCUACAGAGUAAACAGAUGGGAAGAAGGGAAAACAAGUCCAUCAACACAGAAGGAAGAUGUCAGUUUGAUCUUCUCAUCGUUUUGGUACGAGAUUACAAGCUCAGGUCCUACACCCUGAAUGCUGUGUCCUACCAUUUUCUACAAGAACAGAAGGAAGAUGUCCACCAUUCCAUCAUCUCUGAGCUUCAGGAUGGCAAUCCACAGACACGCAGAAGAUUAGCCAUAUACUGCCUGAAAGAUGCCCUCCUUCCCUUGCGUCUGCUGGAUAAACUCAUGUGCAUCAUCAACUACAUGGAGAUGGCACGUGUGACAGGAGUCCCCCUCUCGUACCUCCUCACCCGUGGCCAGCAGAUUAAAGUCGUGUCACAGCUGCUGAGAAAGGCAGCGGAACAAGACCUCGUCCUCCCAGUCCACAAGAGUGCAGGAGAUGAUGAGUAUGAAGGAGCGACCGUCAUUGAACCCCGCAGAGGCUACUAUAACGUUCCCAUUGCGACCCUUGAUUUCUCCUCUCUGUAUCCGUCCAUCAUGAUGGCUCACAACCUGUGCUACACGACUCUCUUGUCUAGUCCCGCUAAGGCUACUGAGUUAGGACUCGAAAGUGAUGAGUUCAUCAAAACUCCAUCAGGAAAUUACUUUGUAAAAUCUACCAAGAGGAAAGGGUUGCUGCCUGAAAUUCUGGAGUCCCUUUUGGCAGCAAGGAAGAAGGCCAAAAAUGACCUGAAGAAGGAGACUGAUCCCUUGAGAAAGAAGGUGCUGGAUGGUCGUCAAUUGGCCCUGAAGAUAUCCGCCAACUCUGUGUAUGGUUUCACAGGGGCUCAAGUCGGCAAACUGCCAUGCUUGGAAAUUUCUCAGAGUGUAACAUCCUUUGGACGAAUGAUGAUUGCGUUCACAAAGGAACAGGUCGAGGAGAAAUACACUUUGGAGAAUAAUUAUCCAAGUAACGCAGAGGUCAUUUACGGUGACACUGACUCUGUGAUGGUGAAGUUUGGUGUGGAGACCGUGGCUGAGGCUAUGGAGCUCGGGAAGGAGGCUGCUGCUUAUGUCACAGGAAAGUUCCUUCAGCCAAUCAAACUUGAGUUUGAGAAAGUUUAUUUCCCAUAUUUGCUGAUCAACAAAAAGAGAUAUGCUGGCUUGUACUUUACUCGGCCAGAGACCCAUGACAAGAUGGACUGCAAGGGUAUUGAGACAGUGCGACGUGAUAACGCCCCCAUUGUUGCAAACUUGAUCAACACUUGCCUUCAGAAGAUCUUAAUUGACAGGAAUCCAAUGGGAGCAGUAGACUACGCCAAGCAAACGAUUUCUGACCUUCUGUGUAACCGUGUGGACAUCUCCAACCUCGUCAUUACAAAGGAACUGACAAAGACGGAGAAGGAAUAUGCAGCCAAACAGGCUCACGUAGAACUUGCCAACAAGAUGAAGAAGAGAGAUCCAGGCACGGCUCCAAAGCUGGGGGAUCGAGUUCCUUUUGUGAUCAUUGCGGGAGCGAAAGGAACACCUGCUUAUGAAAAGGCGGAGGACCCCAUUUAUGUGUUGGAGAACAGCUUACCCAUUGACUACGAAUAUUACCUGACCAACCAGCUGAGCAAACCCCUUUUGCGAAUUUUUGAGCCCAUCCUGGGAGAGAAGGCAGAAUCACAGCUGCUAAAGGGAGACCACACCAGAUCGAGAAUCAUAACACACAGCAAAGUUGGAGCCAUGGCAAAAUUCAUCACCAAAAAGGCCUCAUGUGUUGGCUGCAAAGUCCCAAUUACUUCAGCAUCUGAAGCAUUAUGUAAACAUUGCAAGAUGCGGGAGGGUGCGAUUUACAUGCAGCACAUAACAUCUUUAGGAGCCUUGGAAGAAAAGUUUGCACGGUUGUGGACACAGUGUCAGCGCUGUCAGGGAUCCAUCCAUGAAGAAGUUAUCUGCACAAGCCGAGACUGUCCUAUUUUUUACAUGCGCAAGAAAGUACAGUUGGAGUUGGCUGAUCAAGACAAACUGAUACAGAGAUUUGGGGCUCCUGCGUGGUGAACUGAAGACGUGUCAAUAAAAGGUUCAAAUAUUUCCUUAGUAGUAGAAUAAAAAGUGCCUGAUAAUGAAGUAACUUCAAAACUUUUUUAUCAGUUAUGUUUGUAAGGGAUAGUAAUGAAAUAUAAUUUACUUCCAAGUUUA